AUGAGUAUUCUCGAACAGAUAGGCAACAUGGCCUCAAUGGCAGGACUUCCGGACCUACCGAAUAUGCCGCUAGCAGUCGCAGCUCCCGCUGCUGCUGCAACGUUUGCCUACCUGAACGCGAAGCUAGGGAUAUCGCAUGACCUGGGACUUAUUUCCAUAUAUGCAAGAUCACUUAUACGAGGAGCUCUUCGAGACAGAAGCAACAAGUGGAAUCAUUUCUACCUGCUGGAGGAAUUCGCUUUGGACCCAAAGAGGGCUAAGGAUGUCUUCAUCGUAUACCAGGGCAAGGAAUGGACGUACAGACAGACGUACGACACGGCUCUUCGUUAUGGGAACUGGUUUAGGAACGUUCAUAACGUCAAGCCGGGAGAGGUCGUUGCGAUUGAUUUUAUGAAUUCUGCAACGUUCAUAUUUAUCUGGAUGGGUUUAUGGAGCGUUGGCGCACUCCCUGCGUUUAUAAAUUAUAACCUGACGGCCGCUCCGUUGGCCCACUGCGUCAAGGUAUCGACUACAAGAUUGCUUCUGGUAGAUGACGAGGUCAGGGGCGCUGUUCCGCAGGAAUUAGUCGAACAGCUAGGCGCUCCUGAUUUCAGAGAGAAAGGUGGCCCUGUGGAGGUUGUAUUCCACGACGAGAGCUUGCAGGCCGAGAUCUUACAGAGUGAACCCUGGAGAGCUCCCGAUACGGAUAGACAAAAUCAAAUAAGGUCCGAUGCUGGUAUUCUCAUUUAUACAAGUGGUACCACAGGACUUCCCAAGGCAGCUAUCAUCUCCUGGGGCAAGCUACUGCUGGCAGGAACUUUUGUUUCUAGGUGGCUGGGGCUGUCGAAGUCUGACCGCGUUUACACGUGUAUGCCGCUCUACCAUUCAACAGCCGCUGUCCUUGGCUUUGUUGGCUGCCUGGCUAGUGGAACCAGUCUUGCCAUUGGCCAUAAAUUCUCAGCCUCCCAUUUCUGGGACGAUGUACGAGACUGCAACGCCACGGUUGUGCAGUAUGUCGGAGAGACUAUGCGCUAUCUCCUGGCCAGCCCAGCCAGGCGAGACCCUCAUACCGGUGAGGAUCUCGACAAGAAACAUAAUGUUCGACUGGCGUUUGGAAAUGGUCUGCGACCGGAUGUUUGGGAACAGGCUAAGGAGCGAUUUGGGAUCACAACGAUAGGGGAGCUUUACUCUGCGACCGAAUCGACGUCUGGAUUAUGGAAUCUUUCAUCCAACAGUUUUACUGCAGGGUCAAUCGGCCGGUCGGGUUCGAUUGCUGACCUUAUUCUGGGUAAUAGUGCGGUCAUCGUCAAGCUGGAUCAUGACACGGAGUUGCCAUGGCGAGACCCAAAGACUGGACUGUGUAAGAGGAUGCCCAGAGGCGAGCCAGGCGAGCUCCUGUACGUUCUUGAUGCGCAGAACAUAAAGGAUAAAUUCCAGGGCUACUUCAACAACCCAGGCGCCAGCAAUUCCAAGAUCAUACGGGAUGUCUUCAAGAAAGGUGACGCCUGGUUCCGCACCGGCGACGUCAUUCGCUAUGAUCCCGAGGGACGUUGGUUCUUCUCAGACCGCAUCGGUGACACGUUCAGAUGGCGUGGUGAGAACGUCUCAACUAACGAGGUCGCAGAGGUCGUCGGAUCUCACCCUCAGGUCUACGAGACGAAUGUAUAUGGAGUACUACUGCCUCACCAUGAGGGCCGUGCUGGUUGCGCCGCCCUGGUAAUGAAUGGAGUUGAUCCCAAUGCCGAAAAGCUGGAGCCGUCAGCGGCCUUCCUAUCCUCGCUAGGCGAGCAUGUCACCAAGAACCUGCCCAAGUAUGCAGCCCCGUUGUUCCUCCGUAUAACUCGUGCGUUGGAAAUCACGGGCAACAACAAGCAGCAGAAGACUACACUGCGGGCAGAGGGAGUUGAUCCUAACGUCCUCGAAAGCAAGAACAGCAAGGACCUGCUUUACUGGCUGAGAGGCAAGAUGUAUGUGCCUUUUGAGAAGAAGGACUGGGAGAAGCUCAAUGCUGGCCAGGUUAAGCUGUGA